AUGGAGGCGUACCAGUUGGCGGCCUGCGGGCCGGUUCAGGCAGUGGGCAGCCCUCCUCACACGGUGCUACUGUGGAGCGCUACUGUUGGCAGUGCCACCACGCGGGAGUCGGCGUUCGUCCACGCCAUCGCCUCGGCGGGCGUGGCCUUCGCGGUGACCCGUUCCUGCGCCGAGGGCUCGGCCACCAUCUGCGGCUGCGACGCGCGCCACAAGGGCCCCCCCGGCGAAGGCUGGAAGUGGGGCGGCUGCAGCGAGGACGUGGAGUUCGGCAGCAUGGUGUCCCGGGAGUUCGCCGACGCCCGGGAGAACCGCCCCGACGCACGGUCGGCCAUGAACCGCCAGAACAACGAGGCGGGGAGGACGUCGCUCAACGACAACAUGUUCCUGAAGUGCAAGUGCCACGGGCUGUCGGGCAGCUGCGAGGUGAAGACCUGCUGGUGGUCCCAGCCCGACUUCCGGGUGAUCGGGGACUACCUGAAGGACAAGUACGACAGCGCCUCGGAGAUGGUGGUGGAGAAGCACCGCGAGUCCCGCGGCUGGGUGGAGACGCUGCGGCCCAAGUACAACUACUUCAAGCCGCCCACGGACACCGACCUGGUCUACUACGAGACCUCGCCCAACUUCUGCGACCCCAACCCGGAGACGGGAUCCUUCGGCACGCGCGACCGCUCCUGCAACCUGACGUCGCACGGCAUCGACGGCUGCGACCUGCUGUGCUGCGGGCGGGGCCACAACACGCGGACUGAGAAGCGCAAGGAGAAGUGCCACUGCAUCUUCCACUGGUGCUGCUACGUCAGCUGCCAGGAGUGCACCCGGGUGUACGACGUGCACACCUGUAAAUAAUUCGGCGGCACGGGGCGGCGAUGAC